AUGGCUGAGUUACAAAAUCUAAACCCAAACCAACAGCCUCAACAGCCAAGCUUUCACGGACAAUCUCAGGGAUAUCCACCACAACAACAACAAACUUAUUACCCUCCACCCCAACAGCCUGCUUACUACCCUCCCCAGCAACAGCAGCAACCUUACAAUCCAAACAUGCAUCAACAGCCACCAUAUAACGAUCCAGAAGACCCUGAUGCAACCGGCAUUGUAUUCGAUGAUCAAUCGAUUCGAAAAGGUUUCAUAAGAAAAGUUUUUUCAAUAUUAACUGUGCAACUUUUGAUAACUUUGGGAAUUGUUUGUUGGUUUCAAUUUCAUACGCCAACACGUGAAUGGACACAAAAUAAUCCUUGGCUUUGGAUUGCAUCAGUUGUCGUGCUAUUUGUUAUUAUGAUUGUUCUUGCUUGUUGUGAAGGAGUGAGACGAAAAUCACCUGGAAAUUUCAUUCUUCUCUUCAUUUUUACGGUUGCACAAAGUUUGAUGUUGGGAUCAUUGACAGUCUUCUUCGAGAGGUUUGAAGUUUUAUUGGCAAUUGGCAUCACAGCUAUCGUAACAUUCUCACUGACAAUAUUCGCAUUACAAACAAAAUGGGAUGUAAGGAAAUUCACAAAACAAUAA